AAAAACCAAGUAAAGAAAUAAACAAAUAAACAGUACAAUUACAAAUAAAUAAAUAAUUGAAACUAACAUUAUAAAUCAGUGGAUUGUGAAUAAAAAUGGGUGAUGCAGAGGCGAUGCGACCGCCACCUGUCAGUGGACCUCGCCCACCAUUUCCUGGCGGCGGCAUGCCCCCACGGCCGAUGGCAGGGCCACCUCGCGCUCCCAUGAACAUGGGCGGUACUCCUGGUGGUGGUCCUCCACCAAGAUCAAUGCCACCUCCAUUGCGUAAUACAGAUAGCAGGGGAAAUCUGCUGAUGGGCAUUGGUGGCCCUGGCAGCGGGCAACGUCCGCCACCGCCACCGCUGCAAAACCUGCAAAUGCGUCCACCUAGCGCAAAUGGCGGUCCAAUGAGUCCACCUGGGCAAGGUCAACAACGCCCGCCCGCUGCAUAUCCUUGGUCCGGUGCACCACCUGGUCAACAAAUGCCAGCGAAUCGUCCACAAAAUCCCUAUCCUGGCAAUCCACCUACGCGUCCGCCAUUUGCACGUCCGCCUGGCGUUCCGCAAGUGGGUGCACAACAACAACCACUACAACGACCGCCCUAUCAGCAACUGCAACCGCAACCGCAACAGCAACAGCAGCAGCAACAGCUACCACAACAGCAACCACAGCAACAACCAUACCAACAAUCUCCCGUACAGUUACCACCACGCCCUCCAUCGGCCAGUUCGAACAACAAUGAAGAUGAUGAUGAUGUGGUGGUGGGUCAAGCGAUAACACCGCGUAAGACGUUGAGUGCAAAUGAGGAUCCGAUGGGACCAGCGGUGGCGGAAGUUAAAACGAACUCAAUCAAAGAUGCAUUUGGCAUGGGCGAGACGCUGACACCAAUAGCCGAGGUGAAAGCGAACGGCGUGAAAACAUUGUCGAGCAUACAGGAAAUGUUAAGCAGCGGCGUGGAGAAUGGACGGAAGCAGAAAAGUGGUGAUCACAAAGGUGACAACGACAGUGGCGUUGAUGAAUCUACUCAGGAGAAGGAACGCAACGGACCCGGUUCACCCAGCUCACCGGCCAAGACACCAACAUCCACCACUUCGAAGGGAGACAAAGGAGCCGCCUCUCGCCCACCUAGCGCCACACCAUCGAACAAAUCGUCCAAAUCACGUUCCACAUCUAGAAAUCGUUUGCUGUUGAAGACUCCCGAACCGGAGCCAGUUAAAAAAGUAUCAAUGAACAAAAUUCAAGUCGGACACGCUCCUUCACCCAAUCUCAAAGCGGUGCGUUCUAAAAUCGGUUCGCUUGACAAUGCUGGUUACAAGCCCGGUGGAGGUAAUGUUAAAAUCGAGAGUAAGAAGAUCGAAAUAAAAGCCGCACCCAGAAUUGAGGCGAAAAAUGACAAGUAUACGCCACGUGGUGGCGAAAAGAAGAUUAUAUCGACAAAGCUACAAUGGAAUGCCAAGUCGAAAAUAGGCUCUUUGGAGAAUGCCAAUCAUAAGCCAGGUGGCGGUGAUAAGAAGAUCGAAACGAUUAAAACGGACUUCAAAGAUAAGGCUAAACCAAAAGUCGGUUCAAAGGAUAAUGUCAAGCAUACUCCAGGCGGUGGUGAUAUUAAGAAAUCGCAAAUCUUGAAGGAAAACGCACCUGCCAAGGAUAUACAAACUCAAAAGGUAGAACUUAAGGCACAAAGCAAAGUGGGCUCUUUGGAUAACAUUAAGCACAAGCCCGGUGGUGGUGAGAGAAAAAUUUUUGACGAUAAGGACUAUUUGAAAAAUAUCGAGCAUACUACUGCACUGACACCACCGACACAGAGUCCACAACCAUCCAUGACGACUUCAACAACUGGUGCCGAUGAAAAUUUAAAUCAGCAGAGUUAAAUUAAUUAAACACAAAAAUUAAAAAAUAAAUAAAAUAAAAACAAAAGCAAAAUCAACAAUUAAAAACAAAAUUACAACAUUACAACAUUACAUAUUUACAGAGUUAUAUACAUAAGAGCAAAACAAUACAUACAAACAUGCAAAUGCAAAAAUUAAAAACAAAAAACCAAAAAACCAACUUCAAGAAACCAUUAUUAUCUAUAAUUAGCAUUAAUGCCAUACGAUUGAAUAUUUAUUAUAAACCCAAAACAUUAUGAAAAAAUUCAAAAUUCACAAUUUACAUACCUACAUACAACAAAUAAAAAUUUACAUACAUGCAUAAGAGCCAACACUGUAAUUGUUGAAAUUGUAUUGUCACCAACCCACAAAAAAAAAUAUAUAUAUAUGUAAAACUGCUGUAUCGUAUUUAUUAUCAAAAAUUCGGUGUGCAUUUGAAAUGUAGCAAACAAUUUGCAAUUAAAUAAUAAAUCAUUUUUCACAAA